GAUCUCUUUAAUAGGCACGACAUGCAUGCAGUUUUGGUCAUACAUUGUUUCUUGUUUGUCAGCUCAGAUGGGACACCAAGUUCACUGGUGGCUGCUUUUCAUCGUUUUACUGUGUAUUCAUGAAGUGGAUGCUGUACGAGUCCUUCUCCAUGCUUGUCUUAAUGGCGGCGUUGAAGAUGAUGUUCAGCAGGUUAUCGUACAAGAUCUAGACCUUGAACAUUUACCUCACCCGAAAUCAAGUGUCUGCUCUUUGGAAAUAUUCAACAGCAACACGAGUUCCAUUCAAGAUGGAUUAUUUGUUGAUUUUACUGGUUCAUUAACCCUCUCGUUAUACAAUAAUAAUAUUCACAACAUAUCAGCCAAUGCUUUCCUAGGACUGACAGCUCUUCGAACACUCAAUCUUAGCAUGAAUCCAAUUAAAGAGUGGCAAACAUCAAAACUCAUUAGUCAUGUGCCUAAUCUUACCACACUAGACCUGACUGGCACAUCACCAUGGUUACCAGAUUAUGGUAUCUUGAGAGUAAAACAGCUUCGGACCGUCCAAGGUGUUAGCUGGGGUCAACACUGCUGGAACUGUUCACUCAUCAAAUCAAAUACCUCCAGCCAACUUAAGCUGUAUACUGAAGGUUCUACGAGAUACAUCAAAGGUUACGCAUGCCGUACCAUUACUACUACGGCAUCAAAAAUAGUUCAAGGUUUUGCAAACCAGGGUUUUUUAGGACAAUGUGUGAUUGAAAACCCAAAGUGCAGUCAGUCAGAGAUGAAGGAAUUUUUGAAGGCUCCUUGUCGCGAUACAACUCUAUCAGUGAUGUACCUGCAGUUUGUUCUUGGUCCUUUAGCUAUAGCUUUAAACUUAAUAGUAAUCAUAACUACCAUAUGUUCCAAACGUCUCCAUAACAACUUAGACAUGGUACUAGUGUGUAAUAUCGGGGUUGGGGAUCUGUUUAACGGCGUGUAUUCCGUCCUGAUCAUAUCUAUUCAUACAUUCAAAACGUUUGACCAAAUGUUGACAUUUGCGCACAAUUACUGCGCAUCUAUAGGGUUCUUCUGGGUUUUGGGAAUAUGUCUUGCUGUGGGCUUUGCAUUUGUUCUAACGAUAGAGCGAUACAAAUGUGUAGUGCGCACUCAACCACGUCACAGUAGAAUGAGCCCCACCACCCUUCUGGUAGCGUCGGCUAUCUGCUGGUUGUGGGCUCUAGCUGCAACAAUCCUCCCUGUAUUUGGUGUAGGUAGCUAUUCCCUUAAUACUUAUUGUAUAUCAGUUUUUGCUGUCAAGUCUAAUCCCCUUCAGUUUUAUUACAGCACUACUGUGGCAGGACUAUCAGGUCUCUUGUACCUCGCUACUAUUCCUAUAUACAUUAAAAUGUACUUAUUUGUACGGAGAUCCAGCAAGAACAUGCGAAUACGCGCAGAUAUCGAGUUAGCCAAGAGGGUAUUCAGUCUUGUGUCGACAAACAUGUUGUUUUUUCUGCUUCCAGUCAUUAUAUCGUUGAUUUUCGCUAGCGUUAAUCGCGAAACAAGCGCUAUUUCACGAGAGGUGUCUGAAGUACUGAACUCGGCUUUCCCAUUACUCUGUUUGACUUUGAAUUCAGUUUUUAACCCACUUCUCUAUGCGUUUAGGAGCAAGUUGUUCAGAACAGAGUUCGUCAGAAUGUUAUCUUCUCGUUGCUCCUUCAACGGGAGUGGUCACAAGACCCGCCCUACCAGCCUCAAACGGUAUCCCGCACGAGUUGCCUAUGUCGUACGUUCUCCAAAUAAUAGUACAUCUCUAGUUACUCUUUGAUAUCUUUAAAGUUCGUUUAGCUCGAAUACAGAGGCAUUGACCGAAUGAUACAUUUACGACUGGCACACUGGAGUCAAAUAUCAGAACGACAUUUAAAAAGAGAUGAGGUAGUGAAGUAUGGAAAACAAAACGUACUGCAGCCAAAAUAAAAUCAUCUACAUUAACUAUCCAACAUAUUUUCUUUUAGUUUCGUAAGGAGUGUCUAGUGGCUAUUUUAGUAUUCGGUCCAUGUUACUUCUUCAAUCUAACUUCAGGUCGGUCUUUGAGUGUUCCUUAGAACCGUGUAUAUUAAUGUUGUCUUAAUAUAACACGUUCACUUUCAGUAGAAAUAUAAUACUAUUGCACUUGAGGAGCAUAGCCCCGAGUCAUUGGUUGUUGCAGCCCAAAAUGUGGGAAUCAUCAGAAUGGUGUGCAACCCUCACCCUUCUCUGAUACCUUCGAUUCGGCCAAAAAAAAGCGAAAGUUAUUUAGAUAUUUUACUGUUAGGAAUAAAAACAAGUACAAUACUGA